AUACUAAAGAAAGAAAUACUAUGAACUGAAAGUUUUCAGUUUCUGUGAGUCGAGAUGAACGGAAUAAUAUCAAUAGUGCUGGUAGUUGUGUGUUUUAAUUUAGUUUCAACUCAAAAAAUAAGUUUUGGACAAUGCCAAAAUGUACAAGUACAACAGGACUUUAGAGCUGAUAGAUUCACUGGUUUGUGGUAUGAGAUUGAAAAGUAUACAGUUCCUUUCGAAAUUGGAUUGAAAUGUGUUACAGCUAAUUACACUCAAGAAUCUGAUCACCUUAAAGUCGUUAACGCCGGAAUUUUUAAAUGGAUUAACAUGAGAACCUCCUUAGAAGCACAAUUAAAUACUCCUAAUUCUCAAGAACCAGCAAAAAUGCAGCUUACUGCUUCGUUUUUGCCAGGAAUUUUUGCUCCCUUUUGGGUGUUGGAUACUAAUUACGAUGAAUAUUCAGUCAUUUACUCCUGCGUUGAUGUGAUAGUUGCGAAAGCAGAAUAUUUGUGGAUUUUAUCACGAAAUCCGACUCUGGAUAAAUCUACCAAAAAUGGUAUCUAUGCGAGGCUAGAAGAAAAGGGCCUCGAUACUACUCCUUUUAAUCCUACAGAACAAGAUUGUUAAAAGCUUUACCAUUUAAGUUUGAAGACGUUUUUCAAUUUCUUAAAAUGACAAUGUAUGAGGAAUUAUUCUUUAAGAUUGUAAAACUGAUUUGAAACAAAUUAAAAACUAUUUGUUACA